AUCAUAUUUUGCCAAAGAGCCUUAAGCCUGAUUAUAGGGUUUUUCUUUGAAAAUCAUGGAUCAAAGAUUGUUCAAAUUGUUCGAGGCUAGCGCUGCAACAAUGGGAGAUGUUGCAAAAUUAAAGGCUUUGCAAGAUGAGGAUAAACUUAUUCUCAGGAGAGUGUCUUCGUCGUCCACAGCAGAAACACCACUUCAUGUUGCUUCACUUACCGGCCAUGUUGAUUUUGUGAGAGAGAUCAUGAAUCAGGUGCCUUCAUUCGCGCAAGAGCUUAACAAAGAUGGCUUUGCCCCAAUUUACCUGGCAACGGCUGCAGGGCACUUAGAAGUAGUGAGGAAGCUUUUGAACAAGGGGGAUUCCGACCUGUGUUUGUUGAAGGACAAAGUGUCCUCAUCAAAAAGCCAUGGAGCAAGUGACUCUUAACGGUGAAACUGUUUCACACUUGAUGGUGAAGAACAGUCAACAUUUGAAGCAUUCAAAGUCCUAUUUCAAGCAUCAAAAAAGCUAGAGGAUCAUGAAGGGCGAGUAAAUGCAAAAGAUAACGAAAAUAAAUAGUUCUUGAGAUU